CUGUAAGUUGCUGUUUUUACCUGUCCUUGCUGGUGGGCAGAUCAGUAUUGAAGGAGCUGGAGAUCUGCUCACACAGAGGCUGCUGGACAGCCCCCACCCCUGGAACAGCUGGUGGAACCUUAUUGUAUCACUGUGAGAUACUUUGUAACUGAUCAGAGAGGGGGCUCAGGGUGUUCUUGCCCCCUCCAUAAGAUCUCACUCCUUGUACCAUGGAUUUACCUGGCUGAGCUGGCUCUCAAUCUCUGCUACCACCUAUCUAGCAAGGUAGGCUCACCUGAGACCAUCACCUGCAUAUAGGCUGGGAGAAGGAACACUACUUCUAUACUCAACAAGGGGAGUGUGGGAUUCAAGAUCCAAAAGGUCUUCUGGUUUCUGCUACCAUGGCUCUCUCCCAGGUGCAGUGUCUGGACAAUAAUAAUGUCAACUGGAGGUCCAGUGAGGGCAAGCCUGAGUUCUUCUACAGUGAGGAGCAGAGGUUGGCUUUGGAAGCUCUGGUGUCUUCUGGAGCUGAUUCCUUCCACGAAAUUAUCAAAACGGAGAACAUCAGGAACUUCCUUUCUGAGCUGGAACUCAGUAAGCUGGCGUGUAGUGUAGAACCAUUUGACCCAGACUCUGGUCACACUAGGACAGGAUGUGACAAGUGUGAGCAGGAAAGAGACGAUGGUGAAAACCAAGAGGGUAUGGAACAUUCUUUGGAAUAUUGGCCGGAAAAGUCUGACUGUGUUACCCCUGAGUUGGAUUUGGGGUGGCCUGAUGUGGUAGCCUACCGAGGAGUGACCAGGGCAACUGUCUACAUGCAACCACCUAUAGAAGGACAACCCCACAUCAAAGAGGUGGUUAGGAAGAUGAUAACCCAGGCCCAGAAGGUGAUUGCCGUGGUGAUGGACCUAUUUACCGAUGUAGAUAUAUUUAAGGACUUGUUAGAAGCCAGCUUUAAGAGGAAGGUCGCUGUGUACAUCAUCCUGAACGAGUCAGAUCUACAAUACUUUUUACAGUUGUGUGAAAGAGCUCAGAUGCAUAAAGGACACCUCAAGAAUCUUCGAGUUCGCAGUGUAGGAGGCUCCGAAUUCUACACUCGAUUCUCUACCAAGUUCAAGGGCUGUUUGAGCCAGAAGUUUAUGUUUGUGGAUGGUGACAAAGCAGUAUGCGGCUCCUACAGCUUUACUUGGUCAGCAGCAAGAAUAGAUCGAAAUUUAAUUACGGUCCUCUCCGGCCAAGUGGUAGAAAGCUUUGACCGACAAUUCCAGGAGUUGUACCUUGCCUCCAAGGGGGUCAGCCUAAAGAAUGUUACAAUGGACAAUGAGCCAGAGCCUGAAUCUGUAGCAAAGCCAGCUGCUAUGCCUGUGGGUCCAACAGAAGCAAUUGCCAAAAAGUUAGUCAACCCUAAAUAUGGUUUAGUAAAAAUCAAAACUCCCAGUGAGAAGGACAAGGAAAUAAAACAAAUUGCUGCCAAUAAAGCAAAAUGGAUUGAACAGCAAAAUGAAGAGUCUCAGAUUCACCCGGCCCUGCAGAACAUGGAAAAAGCCAACAUGUUUGACUAUCUUCCCACUUGGGUUGAACCAGAACCUGAGCCAGGAAGUGACAUCUUGGGAUACAUUAAUAUCAUAGAUCCAAACAUCAAGAAUGCCCAACUCUCUCAGAUGAAUAGGAUCAAGAUUUGUGAUACCUCACAUGCCACCACCCAAUUCAUGCUUCAGAACAAGGAGCUAGAGAUGAAGCAGAAUGAAGAUGCUCGCAGGAACUCUAUAGAGGAUACCUCAUUCCAAGUUAAUGAGAUUCCAUGUUCUGAAAAGAAAGAGCAUAGCCAAAGGAUUAUUUCAAGACAAGGUAGCGGAAAGAAAGAUUCUGUAAACACCACCAAGUCCGUGUCUGUGUCCUCAAGUCAGGAUGAUUUAGAGAAAACUGAUACAGAGGACCACAUAGAUGUAGGACAAAAGAAUUGCGACAGAUGUCCGCAUAAACAUAAUGUGGGUUUAGCAUCACUGGCUACAAGUAAUCACCUUGUGCCAGUUAACAAAGUCAGUGGACCCCCAAUGCCAAAGCCUAGAACACUGCCAGUCACAGACUUUAUUAGCAUGAAAAAUGCCCUUAAUAUUAAGACUGUCCUGUCUGACAAACCCAGAAAUGAGAGUCCUGUACCUUCAGUCAAUGGGGUGGACACAGAAGUAGGAGAAGACGAAGAAAUUGAAGAUUUUAUUAUUCAAAAUGAACCUGUGGAUAACAAUCAAGAAGAAGAAGAAGUUGUUGAUGAUGAGGAUGAUGGCGAUACAAAUGGAUUUGAAUUGGAGCCUAAUGACUGUUCCUCCAGUGGUUCUGGUUCUCUACCUCCUUCAAAUGCCUCUUCCAUGUCAGAAGAGUACUAUCCAUCAACUACCUUGCAGAGAAGGAGUUCGGAUCGUAUACCCAAUGGGGAACGGUAUCCUUUGGAAAGGAAGUUGAGUGAUGGCCAUAUCAGCCGUGGAACUUAUGCUGGUCCUUUGGGAUUCUCCCAAACACUCCUGGAUAUGAGAGCAGAAGCAGAGAUUGGAAAGCGGAGGAACCAAGUUUUGGAAGCGGAAAUCAAACGUGCCUUGUCAAAAGACCGGACCUUAACGGCAGAGCCUACUCAGGGCAAAACAAUUUUUCAAUUAGGUCGUCCCAUCACAGGAUAUCCGCAGUUCCAGACCCAACGUACAAGUAGGAACCCCCCGAAGGUUAAAGGCAAGAAGGAUGGGCCUGAUGUUCUAGGAAUGUAUCGCCACACUGGUCGAAAGCCCGAAGUGCCCAGAGGAACACAUGGCUUUUGGAGCAGUAAAGACUAUGGUAACAGCCUCAGCAGUUCCCAUUCCCAGAACCCAGUGCCAAUGGAAAACACAAGCACUCCUUUUGGAAUCCCAUAUUCGAAGCUUUCACAAGCAAAACAUCUCAAAAGCAAACUGAGCGGCGCUACUCUGGACUCCAAAAGGAGAAGUCACGGCCCCCCAGGGCACAAGGACCUUUAACUAUACCCAGAGGUUUUCAGUUAUUGGAGCACUGGGUUGAUUUGCAGCAGACAUUAACCCUCUACCUGACUUAUAGUCUAGAAGCACAGGUUGUGUCUUCUGCUCUGCAGCUAUGCAGGGGUUUAUUCCAUAAUUGAAUGUAUACUGGAACACCCCCCCAACAAUUGGUAUUUGGGUGUCACUUUACUUUGGUGUUUUUUUCACUCAUUGUGGUGGAGCACACCAAAGAUGUGCUGCUAGGCUUUAUUGCCCACCAGAAGUUGGUGCAGGUAACGGCAUAAACUUGGUGAGGCGGGUUGGUGUGUGGGCAGUGGUUGGCUGACUUCAACAUUUUUUUUUUUGUGUCUGUUUCUUCUCUAAAGUUCAAGGUAAUGUAGAAUAUCCAUACAAGCUUGUUGUUCAUUAAAACAAGGGCUCUCACUGUUUACAGCCAUACCUGAACCCAUAUAUUUUUUCUAAAUUUGCUAUGUCUGCCCUAAUGUCUUAUUUGUUAUCUGGUGCUGAAGUCCUAUCUCAUCAUUCAUUUCUUUAAUUUAGGCCAUACCUUCAUUCUACAGAUUUUUUAGUAGAUUUUGUGGACAUUUGGAAGAUGAAAAAUGUGCAAGAGAAGCAUAGACAUCUCACAUGCAAGAGGCUAUUUUAAAGUUUCCUAGCAUUUAUGAAAGAAUUUUCCCUUUAUUUAUGUUCCAAUAAUAAUUUAAGCAGUCAAAUAGGUUAGCAGAUAUUCCAUGGCUUUAGAACCUCAUAGAAGUCCAAGGUAGUUUCUACCUGGUCACCAGGUGUCUGCGGGAAACAUUUUCACAGACCAUCAGCUUGUGAAAAACAAAUGCUGCCGGUGUCAAAUAAUCAGUGGUAGAUUAAAAUUUUUAAGUGGAUUUAUAAGUUUUGUACCUUUUCUUCUCAUAAGCUAGUUUCAAUAUAUACUGUAUCCUAAGGGCACAUUUGUGUUUGGAAAUCACUGGUUGUAGAACCAGGAUCGUUCUAGCAUUUUGUAAUUUACAGUGGAAGACCGAGGUUACGAUCACGAUCUCGCAAUAAGGAAUUAAAAAUCCACUAACUAAUAACUUUAUUUAAUUCAGGUAUUUAUACAUCUGGGGGGAGCCAAAAAUAUAAGACUGCUUGCUCAGACUGUUUACAGCUCUUUUGCAAUCCCCAUGCAAAUUUACAUGGCCACAAAUGUUGAAGGACAGGAGAUUGUCAGAAGUUUGAGUUUGUGUGCCCUAAGAUCUGACCACAGUGAAAGGCAUACAAGGGAUGACUCUGAAGUGGAGGCUCAGAGUGAAAGUAAUUGCAGAGGAGGAUAAAGAGGAAAAUCUGGUAUGAUGCGAGUGACGAAACUUGAUAUUGAGGAUGUUAUAGAGGGCGGAAAGACCAAAAAGGAAAAAAUAACUGUAGGUGAAAUUCACAGCGACCAGUAAAAGGGAUACCAGGAGAAAUAAACACCAGAGCUCAUUUUAAUGGAGGUGAGAAAGUCAGAGAGAGUACAACAAUAGAAAAAUAAAAAAAUAAUGUAAAAAGCUCAGAGGCUGCAGAGAGAAUGUUUG